UCCAAAAAUGGCGGCGGUUUGUGGUAGUGUGAAGUGAAACUUUCCAAAUAUUGCUGAUAAAACAUAGCUAUUCUUUAAACCAUUUUGAGGAUUAUCGUCGAACAGAUAUUGAAGAAAUUAUUGUUGGACUGCUGUACCCGACGCCAAGCAACACGAUCGAAUGACGUCGUUUUUUUGAGGAUUUGGAGAUCGCGAACGGUGYGCUUUCCGCAAAGUUGACGCGGUCCUGGCAAAUCAAUGGACAAGCUUCAGGACCUCAGCCAAUCCGAGUUGGAGGAUUUGCUGGACAAUACAGAGCGGGUGGAGUCCAUGGCAUUGGAAUCUGAUGAGAUUCAGAACAUCCAGCUGGAGAGGGAGAUGGCACUGGCCUCCAACCGUAACCUGGCAGAACAGAACCUGGACAUGAAGCCUCGCCUGGAGAGACAGAGAGAACAUCUAGUGGAGAGAUACUCUGAACUGGAGGGAGUCAGAGAGACCUACAGACAACACUGUGACCAGAAAGAUGGCAUCAUGGGGCAGGCAUCGCCGGAGGGGUUGUUCUCCAAACUUCAGACAGAGGGCGCCAGCACGGAGACGGAGUCAGAGUCUCUGGCAGAUGAGUUUCUGGACGGCCAGCUGUCUCUGGACUCGUUCCUUGACCGUUUCCUCUCCCUCCGCUCCCUCGCUCACAAAAGACGAGUACGGAUAGAGAAGCUGCAGGAAAUCCUGCGCCAGAAGAAGGAGACCGCCGCGGGCGAUGCCUCCACCGGCUCCAUGACGUCACAAACGAGCGCCAAUCAAGACCCAGCGACGACACAGUCAUCGCCAUGGAAUCAUCAUCCUCAGCAACAACAACCGCAGCAGAAUUCCAAUCCCAACAACCACGCUAGUUUCCAAAACGGCCCCGGUUCCYCCCUACCUUACACCCCAUACCCCGUCUCCCAUCCUAACCCGACAGCUACCUCUGCAGUAUCAGGCCCAGGCCCGUCCAUUCCCCCAGGUCAAUUUCCUCCCUACCCCAGCCCCGGCUCACCRUUCACCUCAGCGGUGGGCUACUCAGCCCGUCCUGCUUUUGGGCCUCCGGCCACUGCCUGCCCAUACCCCACCCAGCCUACGUUCCCUGGUGUCCCCGGCUCAGGGUCUGCGUUCGGGCAAUACAGUGCCCCCAACACCGCCCCCUACCCCUCUGCGUACACCUACGGUGGGGUUGGGGGGUAUGGCUACCCCACGGGCCCUGCUCUGCCCAACUCUCAGUCCCCCACAGGCAGGCCACAGUACAGGCCCGGGUUUGGAGUGCCACAGCCCUACUCCUGAACCUCCCUCUGCUCUCACCCCGUCACUCCUCUCCCACCACACAUUCUCCAGUCUCUCUCUCAUUCACUCUUUUUUUCUGACUCUUUACCUCUCUCUCGAUCUGCCUCUCUCGAUCUGCCUCUUCUCCUCCCCCUCCCCUCCUGUCAUUCAAGUGCAUAACUGUCUCAGGACCUCCCCUUGUUUCCAAUGUGUUAGAAACACUCUCUCRCUUUCCCURUCUUCCUAUUGGCUGUCAGCCUUUUUACUCUUCUCCCUCCCUUUGUGGAAUACUGAGCCAAUCAACAAGACCUUGGCCAUGUACGUUUCAGAUAGAAAUGGAGCUGACGUGACUCUUUAUUCGACAUGUUGGGGCGGCAGGGUAGCCUAGUUGUUAGAGCGUUGGACUAGUAACCGAAAGGUUGCAAGUUCAAAUCCCCGAGC